GUUCAAUUGUACUGUUUUUUUUAAAUCACAAAACGAUUUAGAUAUUUUAAAGGUUUUUAUUUUCAAAAUUCCUACCAAUUAAAUUUCUAUUAAAAUGAAGUGGUCAAAAAUACUGUUUAUAAUUGUAUUGAACUUUGCGGUUCUCAAGUGUGGAUCAGCUCAACCUUUAAUAACCGGAUAUACAUAUAACACCGAAGACAAUGAUCAAAACAUUAAUCGUAUCAGUGACUUGAAAUGCGGUUACUUGUUCAGAGGGUUAACGCAAAUGCGCCUAAUCAACCUUGUGUUUUCACCACCAGUAAGUUCACCAAGCAAAGCGUUAGAGUUGAUACGCUAUCAUAAAGAUACUGUAAAAUAUAUGAUAUCUACGUUAUAUUUGUUGGAUCGAACGAACCUUAGUACAUUGUGGCUGUUACAGUUGUAUACAAAUAUGCUACUGAAUUAUUACGAUUUUAUACUUAAACAUGUUGAAACGCCUUUGGAACAUCAUGCACCAAAAAUCAUAGAGACUCACAUGUAUGUCAUCAAAAAAAUGCAAAAGUUCGCAGGUAAUUGUCGCAAAAAUAAUAUAUAUGAUUCGGAGAGCGAGUAUGUCACAAACCCAGGACUCACGUACGAAAGCAUUUUGAAGCUCUUUGUUAGCAACGACCGUGAUUUUAUGGAAAUGAUGAAAUUGAAUAGCAAUAUAAGUAGUAUAAAUGUUGAGUUGCUCAGUGAAACGAUGAGACCUAAAAGGCUCUUGAUGAACAACCUGGGUAUAAAUGCGGAGUUCAAAACUGAUUUGAUGAUGAGGUACCAUGUGCAAGUGAACUGGGGUGAUACGUCUAAUCGGUUAUACAACGCUUAUUAUAGUGCUUACGAUAUGGACUGGACCACUAACAACCUUCGUAAGUUAGUAGCAUAUUACACAUUGCACAUAGAUUUUUUGAAAUUCAUCAUGUAUCAAUUGAUUUUGAAACAUUUUAUGGGCUCAGAAAAAAUAAAAGUCGGUCCGUUUCAUUUGUUAAUCGCGCUAGAUAAUUUCCAAAACAGAUUGAAUCUGAAUGACGAUGAGCAAAUUAACGAGUUAAAAGUAGCAAUUAACACAUAUGGCAAGAGCAAGUCAGAUAAGCAUGAAUGUUUGCUUUUCAUUAAAAGUUAUUUACAAGUAGCAAUGCAAAAGAUUUGCGAGUCCCUCGGGUGCCUUUUGAUCGAACCAAUACCUUUAAACGUUACUGAACUAUCCACUCCUAGCAAUGGACAUGAAGAGAUUUAUGUACAAUGCUUAGUGAGCGAAGUGACAAUUGUUAAAGUAGACGUUGACUACUAUUUAGAACAUCUUAAUUAUAUUUUUGCACAUGUCAGUUUUGAAGCCAUUAAAUUAAUCAUUCAGUAUAUCAGGGAAAUCAAUCAGUAAAGUUAUUUUGUCAUAAUAAUCGAAUAUAUUGAUAU